AUGGAUAACAUGUCUUAUCCUCUGAUACUGACACUUAUGGUGCCAAAAGAAACUAAAUCAUAUAGACAUGUAUAUUUUAUUUGCUUUCUUGCAUUAUAUCUACUUAUAUUGUCGAUUAUUAUUCGUCUUGCUAUGGUCAUUAUAAUGGAGAAAGCUCUUCAUGAACCAAUGUACAUAUUCUUGUGUCAUUUGUGUAUAAAUGGGGUUUAUGGCGCUUCAGGAUUCUACCCUAAAUUUCUGUCUGAUUUAAUAUUGGAUUCAUAUGUGAUCUCCUCUCACAUGUGUACUUUGCAAACCUUUGUUAUUUACAGCUCUUUACUUUCUGAGUUCACAAUAUUAACAGUGAUGUCUUAUGAUAGAUAUGUAGCCAUAUGCAAACCUUUAGAGUAUCAUUCCAAAUUAACUAAAAACACCUGUGUGAAACUAAUUAUGUUCUCAUGGUUUGUUCCUAACUCCUUGACAGUUGCAUCAGUUCUGUUAUCAAAGUUGAGGCCCUUUUGUAAAUAUCACAUAGACAAAUUAUAUUGUGACAACUGGUCAAUUGUAAAACUGUCUUGUGCAUCAUCUUUUGUUAAUAAUGUCUUUGGAUAUGCUAUUACUGUUAUAUUUUUGAGCUUUAUAGGUUUUAUAAUUGUGUCUUACAUUAAACUGAUCUCUGCAUGUAAAGCAUCUUUAGAAAACAGAAGGAAAUUCUGGCAAACAUGUUUGCCACAUAUAUUUUCACUUAUAAAUUUCACUAUUGCUAUGCUUUUUGAUGUUAUGUAUAGUAGAUAUGGUGAAAAUGAUAUUUCAGAGAGUUUGCGUAAUUUUUUGGCUCUUGAACUGGUGAUAGUCCCACCUGUGUUCAAUCCUCUAAUCUAUGGGUUAAAUAUUAGAGCAGUGCGCACAAGAGUUUUCACUUCAUGUGUUGCAUCAAGAGUAAAUGUUUCACAAAACAUCAAAACUUAAUUAUGUACUACUAAGUGUACAUAAACAAGUUUGGCUUUAGCAAUGAAAUGUGAAAACUGUGAGAAAGAGUGUGAUUUUAAUACACACAC